CAUAUCCGAUACUACUUUCACUCCACCACCCCUCCCUCGCCCAAAAGCCUCUCCUAAAAAGUAGGCGGUAAUUAUUAGUGGAAAAUGGCGUUCAGCUAUUAGUUGCCAAAGCGGUACCUGCUAUUGGAGGGGCACCUGGGAUUGAUGAGACGUAGUGGCCAAUGAGGCUGCGUGGAAUGAAUGACCGGGCUUCAGUUAAAGGGGGCGUAAGAGGAGCUUGUGCCAGUCCACCGAGAAAGAGGGACCCUCCGCGAUAAACACAGGCAAGCGAAAGAAGUAAACACACAAUUCGGAACAACAAUUCGAGAUGCUGCAACAACCCGCUCUCUCUCCGUGCUAGGACACCUAGUAAGAUAAUUAUUCCAUUCUUCGUGUGUGUUUAAAAGCUAUCAACAUUCACAGUUUCCAGGAAAACGUAAAGGAAUCUCUUCACUUCGUUUUAUUGGGAUUUUUUUUAUACAAGUGAACUACCAGUGAAUAAAGACUAUUAUUUGAUCAGACGAGCCUAUACGGUUUUUCUUAUGAGCGGAUCAUCGCUUUCAACUUCGCGUGCUAUGGUGAUUCAAUGCAUGGAAGUUGUGGUUUCCGUAACCGAAUAGACAAUUCAUUUGUAUUAUUCACCAAAAAACUGGUUAUACACACAAGCUGACUCGAACGAAAUACGCUGCGAGAAACCAUGUUACUGGACGCAGGUCACCAGUUCCCCGGACUGGGAGUUGGCACGUUUGCGAGGCAUCACUCUGCGAGCGAGAUGCAGGAGAGAGACUUGAAUUUAGCACAAAAUAGCUUCGUCGACUCCGCACACAUGGGUGCGUUUAAACUGAACCAUGAUCUUUCUCCGGGACAGAGCUCUGCAUUCACCUCCCAGGCGCCCGGCUACCCUGCAGCGGCUUUGGGGGCGCAUGCCGCCCAUGUCACCUCGUAUGCGAGUUCCCCGUUUAACUCCACCAGGGACUUUCUCUUUCGCAGCCGUGGCUUCGGAGAAUCAUCACCAGCUACCAGCCAGCACGCUAUUUUCGGCCCCGCCGCGGGAUCUCUCCAUCACUCCCACACAGACAGUCAAGGCCACAUUCUGUUCCCCGGAAUCCACGACCAGCAUGGGGCCCACGGAUCCCCAAAUGUGCUCAAUGGUCAAAUGCGACUUGGACUACCCGGAGAGGUUUUCGGGCGUUCCGACCAGUACCACCAGGUCUCCAGCCCAAGGACCGACCCUUACUCGGCCGCUCAGCUCCAUAACCAGUACAGUAGUAUGAAUAUGAACAUGGGGAUGAAUAUGGGAGCCCACCACCACCCGGGUGCCUUCUUCCGCUAUAUGCGACAGCAGUGCAUCAAACAGGAGCUCAUCUGUAAAUGGAUCGACCCGGAGCAGCUGAGUAACCCAAAGAAGAGUUGCAACAAAACUUUCAGCACCAUGCACGAGCUUGUCACGCACGUCUCGGUGGAGCAUGUCGGGGGGCCGGAGCAAAGUAACCACAUCUGCUUUUGGGAAGAGUGCCCCCGCGAGAGCAAACCGUUUAAGGCAAAAUAUAAACUGGUGAAUCACAUUCGGGUCCACACGGGAGAGAAACCUUUCCCAUGCCCUUUUCCUGGAUGUGGCAAGGUCUUUGCACGGUCGGAAAACUUGAAGAUUCACAAGCGCACCCAUACAGGAGAGAAACCAUUCCAGUGUGAGUUCGAAGGCUGCGACAGGCGGUUUGCCAACAGCAGCGACCGAAAGAAACACAUGCACGUCCACACGUCAGACAAACCAUAUCUUUGCAAAAUGUGUGACAAGUCCUACACACAUCCUAGCUCUCUUCGAAAACACAUGAAGGUCCAUGAAGCGGCCCCUUCAGCAUCCGACUCCUCGCCUGCAGCCAGUUCUGGGUACGAGUCAUCAACACCGCCCGGCCUCGUCUCUCCCACUACGGAGACCCAAAGCAACAACAAUUUGUCGCCCGCUUCCGUAGUCCACAAUAACAACAGCGGUCACAGCAGCCUUUCGUCCAAUUUCAGUGAAUGGUAUGUUUAGGACUAAACCGAGAAGCGAAUACAGAACCAUCGCUCAGAUGCUCAGAACCCUAACCAGCGCAGGAGAUUCGGACACUCGAGCACCGAGGAGAGCACGAAUAGCCUACCUAUUAUGAACGCUUCAAAAGCUGAAAAGGCGAUUCAACGCUACCAGGGAAGAAACUUCACAUACAAACAGAAGAAAAUAUGUAAUAUUGUUCAAGUUGUAUUCAAUAUAUUUGUAAAUAAUUAUUACACGCCCUCUUUCCCAUUGGUUGUGAUAGUUUUUGUCAGUCUUAUAUAGGUGUAUAGAUGUUCCUUCAAUGGUAGCUACUUCUCUAACUGGACUUUUAGUGCACAUAUUACGAAAAAAGUUGUAUUAUGAUGUUAAAUAUUGUUAUCCUAAGGCAAACUGAUUGUAACUAUAGGCCUACUAAACAUCUAUAAACUGGAAUGAGUGCCAAAGUCAACACUUAACUCAAACAGUCCACAAUAUUUUGCUUGUGAAUGUAUAAUUUAGUUUGCUGGGCUUUACUUGUGAUGUUUCGUGCUUUGCAAGUUUUUAAUUGUGAAAUACUAUCUGGAAGAUUGUGAGGAAAAUAAACGUUGUGCCGUUGGAUUUUCUGUAUCUACAUCCUUCCUUUUGUAAAUAUCAACUGCCAUAUUUAUCAGUUUGUAAUUAAAUUAUGGUAUUUACUUGCUACAGAUGAAACAAUAUUUAUAAAGAAUGUUUCUUUACUAUAAAUAUGUACAAUUAUGAGCUAAACACGGGCAGUUGUUUUGUUAUGUUUUGUUCAAAGUUAAAGAAGUGUUUUCUUCAUUAUUGUGAUAAGGAUUUUACUGCAUACAAAUAUAAUAAA